CGAACAACGUGAAAGUAGAUGAAUGCUUAAAGUUUAAGGUUAUGUUGUUUAUUGUGCAUUUGCAUUGUGCAUGUUGAAAAUAUAGAAUAAUCAAGAAUGAGUUCCGAUUCAGAACUAAGUGAUAGCGACAUUGAGCUUCAACAAGCAUUUGCAGAUGGUAAGCUAAAACCUGGCUUAAAUACUGUGGAAGAAGGACCAAAACACUUCACAAAUAAUGUGAGUGGUUUAAAACAAAAAUUAGAGGAAAUACAACUCAAGUUACCAUGGAUAGAACGACUCGACUGCAUUAAUGCUCAAGCCCCUUUAGCACCUGAAUUAGCAGCUCAAAUGUUGACACAUGAGCAAAAAAGAAGUAAUGAGCUUAGGAAUAAUAAAAAGCUCACACAGUUUACUCCAAAUGAAGACCCGGUUUUAAACGACUUUAAAAGGGAAAUGAUGUUCCAUAGACAAGCUCAGGCUGCUAUUCUAGAUUCUAUACCAAAGCUAAAAGAUAUGGGAGUACUAACUAAAAGGCCCGACGAUUACUUUGCUGAAAUGGCGAAAACAGAUGCCCAUAUGCAGAAGAUUAGGGAACAUCUUAUGACGAAGCAGGAGCAACAGAAGAGAAGUGAACGAGUCAAACAACUUAGACAGCAAAGAAAAGAAGGUAAAAUGUUACAAGUUCAGACAAAACUUCAAAGACAACAAGAAAAGAAAGAUAUGCUUGCCCAGGUUAAAAAAGUAAGGAAGGGAAUGUCAAAAGAUCUUGAUUUCCUUGACGGAAAAAAUAAAUCUGCUGCCAAAAAAAUGGCAGAAAAACGGAAAAUGAAAGAUAAAAAGUUCGGUUUCGGUGGCAAGAAAAAGGGAAUGAAAAGGAACACAAGAGAUAGUGCUGCAGAUAUAACUGAAUUUAAAAAUCCUGGUAAACCUGGAAAAAAAUUUAACAAUAUUGGAAAAGGGGUAAAAGGUGGUAAAGUAAGCAAAGGAGGGAACCAAAGAAUGGGCAAAAGUAAAAGGAUUAAAAUGAGAUCGAAGGGAAGAAAGUGAUUAACAAUAUUUUAUAUUUAAAUAAAUAAAUGUUUCUAUUUAA